CGUUCAUUCAACGGGCCUAUCCUAUGUAUACCUCUAAGGCCUAAUGAGCCCCCUCCCGCCCUCUGUUCCCACUCGUGGGUCGGUCGGGGUCGGGUGGUUAUGGGGGAGGGGAAGUGAGACAGUCGUCACUGCACGUGAGUCUUCCGGACGUCGCGAAAAUGGUGAAGUGCUUAAACGUGGCGCAGUUCCUGUGCACACACACAUUCAAGAGAUUAACAGGUAAGGCAGGGGGCUGUGAUCAAACCCCAGAUAGUCUGGUCCCUGAGCUGGGUCGAUCGUCAAGCCAAAUGUUCUCAUGUCGAGGGUGUCGAGGGACUGCAUCUCGCGAAGAAGGUCAAGCCAAAGAUUGAAUGGCACUUGAGUGAUGACGUUGGACCGACGGCCAUAGACAGACAGACGGGUAGAAUAAGAGUCGAGGGUGGAGUGUCCCUUUGUCUCACCCAGUGUCUGCGUCAUCGGCAGCGUCUCGCUAUGGCAAGCAUAGCCAUCUCCAUUGCUGUCGAGCUCUACGAAGUGACGCAAAAGGUCCUGACACGCCUGCUCAUCGCAGGGGACCUCUCGAGGGAGCAAUUCCUCCUCUCCUCUCCGGCCUGACCGGGAAGGGGCAGAAAGGGUGUACGUCACGGUCUGUCUCUAAAAAAUGUGAUUGACAUCGCUUACAAGGGUCCACUUUGGCGAUCAUUUCUUUGAGUUGUGACGAGUGGCCAUCCAAAGUCAGCCAACCGGACGAGCAGAUCGGGUUAAUGCCUUCAAAGACACACCAACGGCAGAUCACUUUUUCUCAAUGUUUCAGCUGCGUGUCUCUCUGUGUGUGUUUGAGCCGACCCGUGUUCAGAACUUUCAGCGUGUCCUUGAGUUCUGUGAUCUCUAUUGGCAGGCUGCCCAGCAGAUUGUUCCUCACCGACAGAAUUCGCAGGUUCCUUGCCUCCCCGACACUGCUGGGAAGGUCCACGAUCAAGUUGGAGUCAAAGUAAGCACGAGACAAGAGAGGCAGCUCGAACAGAGAGGAUGGCAGGACCUUCACAGCUGUAAGAAACAACCAUGUGACACAGACGGAUGGAGGGGUGCUGCGAGCGCUUGUUCACCAGAGUACUCCCAGAUGACCAGCCUUAGAUAUUUGAGGUGCUUUCCGAUCUCCUCGCUUAUCUCAGUCACAUUGUGUUUGAGCCUGUCGCCCGCAUGCUAAUGCAAGCACAGAGAGACAGGAAGAGACAGAUAUGCGCGAGAAAAGUGCCGUACACUGUCUGGCUCACUUCCAACUCGGGGUAGAAAGCAGCCACCUAUCGAAGAGAACACCAACACACACCACACGCCAUUGCUGCCGCAGCCAGGGCCGUGCCGUGUUAACCUCGAGCGUCGAGUAGUGGCUGAUGGCGGCAUUGAAUGCUUCGAUGUCAGUGUCAUCCUUCGUCGUCAUGACCCGACAAUCACACCUGCAACGAAACACGGCAGGGGGCCGACGAGGGUGUGUAUGUGUGUCAUUAGUUGUGUCAUGUGUCUGUCUCUUGUCUGACGGGAUGCGGAAGCCGGGUAGGAUGAAAUCCUCGGUUUCCCGCUUGAGGCCUUCGUUUUGGCCCAAGAUGGAGUCCGACUCCAGCGGUCUGAACGGCGGUGAGGUCGGAUAGGUGCAGAUAUGAAAUCCAGGCAGGUGACGGCAUACAUAUCCAGCUGAGACAUGUACACACGUACACAGAUAGGUACGUGUCUCUCUUCCAUGACGGGUCGCGGUAUCUGUAUACCUCUCACAGUCUGCAUGAUGAUCCACCCGAAGGGAGCCCAGGCAAGCAAGAGCGAUAGCGCAGACACCCAUUUCGCAAUGAGCACGUCCCACACGCGAACCAUCGGCACCUUCACUUCGGGUUUUUUUGUGCCCUGACGCGCGGCUGACAGGUCGCUGUUGGCCGGAAGCAGCUCGGACUCCCGGCGGUCUUCCCGAUCGUCCUCCCCUGUGGAUAUGCUGGUCCUGUGCUCGGAUGGGGCCAGGGCGAUGCUUACGCGAGUAGCCUUGCGGUCGAGACGUGGUCUGCUGUCAGAUUUGAGGAUCGACUGGAGUCGUUUCAUCUCUGGCUUCAUGUCUGACUGCUCCUCAGAUGCUCCCUCGUCAAGGCUGCCACGCUUGCUUGUCGAGCUCCGCUGGCUGAUGGUCGGCGAUGAGUCACAUGAAGAUGAAGAGGCAGCGUGCGGUGAGGCGUCUGCCGCUAUCUGUGUGGUUUCGGGUACCGGCGGGAGGAGGCCCUCUCCUAGCACGUCCAAAAGGCUGUUCCGCUUGGUGGAGCGCCGUCGCCCCUGGUCCUCCGGGAGGUCCGGAUCGAUGUCGAUAAAAAUGUCGACAGCAUCGAUAUGUUCAGGGACGUCAGAGUCAACUGAUAUGCGUGGCGCUCUUUUGGGCACUUCUUCCUUGCUGCAGUCCUCCUCGGUGUGGACGUUCUUGGGCGGUUGAUGCGCUUUCAGUGCGUGCAGGAGCAAAACUUCGUGGCGGAUACAGAUUGGGCUGUCGCCUGCAGAUGCAGAAGAGAACGUGAAGGUCAAGAGAAAGAAAGGCUGGCCGGACUGACCUUCACGCACGAUUGACAACUGGCUCCGCCGGCCGACUGAGGCGUGGCUUUCGCUGAAGACCCGAUCCCGCUGCUUUGGUGACACCCGUUUCUCGACGGCAGCGGUAUCGCCCUCCUCCUGCAGCUCAAGGUCGUCGAGGCGGGUCGGCAUGGACUUGAGACUGUCCUUCUUGUCUCUUCUGCUAGCCGUAGAGAAGAUUGACCACCGCCCUGGCUUCCGCGACUCCACUUUGCUCCGCUUGUCGCUCACAUCCGACCGCUGACUCCUCAGGGCGGGCUGAGGCAUGUCUCGCCAGCCAGGCACCGCCAACCGAGCGAGCAGCGAGGGGCGCUGUCCCCCUGGCAGUCCCAACUGAGAGCCACGCUUGACACCAUGGCUAACCCGUCUGGAUGAACGUCUUUCAGGAGACCGCUCCACUUUUGGGAACUGGAAAUCCGUGUCGAGCCAGUCGUCCAGGUUCCCAAGCAUACCCAGUUGGUCAAAGAACAACUGUCUACCACCACUGACAAGGGAGCGGUAAGCAAAACCACCGAAUCGUUUCUAAAUACGACAUGCUCGCUUCCGUACCUCUGAAGGCUCGACUUUCUCUUGGAUCCCUUCCGUGAGCCCGAUUUGCUGUCCCCCGUCUGCCUACGGGAUUGGGCUGAGCUCUGGAGCUGGGUUGUCGGCUUUCGAAAAAAGGCAAAGAUGGACUGGCGAAUGGCCGUGGAUGACGGUCUCGACUCGCGGGAUUGUCGUUUGCUGGAGGUGAGUGACACUGCCGGUGAGCCGCCCCCCGCUUCUUGGCCACCAAUCUCCUGAGUAUAUGAUGACAGUUUAAUUCCAGCACCGAAGUCAUCAACAAAGAUGGAUACCUGGAAUUGCUCGUAGAACGUAAUGCCAGAACGGAGAGAGGGCUUAGUCGCCAGGACGGGGAGCAUUGGCCGCUCGCCCGCUUGCUCUGGGCGUGGCAGCGAGAGCGCCGCGUCGGCCGUUGAGAUGCCUUCUUCCGUGGGGCCUCCCUCCUCGCCUUCCUCCAUCACAGCCGUCAACGCAUGUGUUGGCUUCGCAGACUCCUUCUGAGCCUCUGCAUCCGCUAUGGCUUGGUUCACCUCUUGAAGCUGCCCUCGAACAGCCAAAAAGGUGAAUUUGCAAAAGGCUUCAGAACCAUCGCUUGGCUCACUUACAUGCAAGUCGGCCACUCGUCGCUUCUGCCGGGCCUUGUAUGAGUAGCUGCCCUGUAGAUAAGAUAAGACGCACAAGCAGAGAUAAAGGCGGUCAAGUCUUCGGCAGAGAGGCGUCUCUUGCCUUGAGAAGGAGAAGGGCGUCAAGCGUGCGCAAACUCCUGCGGUGACAGGCAGCCCGAAACAUGCCUUCUCCCUGCCUGCGUUGCAAGUUUGCAUCCCCUCACCCACCACAGUGCGACAAGGAGGGGAAUCACUGAAGAGAGCAUCCACAGAAUGCCUGUGGACCUCAACCCGAGAAGCGACGCAUGCGAGAAAGGGUUCCAAGAGACACGCGUCUGCAAGAAGCUCCCAGCGACACAGAAAGCGUGCAGGGCAUACCUGCAGAGCAAACACAAAAUGAUGCUCAUCCUAACGCAGCGGGCGGAAAGUGCACUUCAGGGCGUACAGCAGUGGGAGGACAAUGGAGGCAAAGAUGGCAAAUCCUCGUUGGCUCGUGUAGCAGAGAAGAGCGACAACCUGCAGGCAUAAUGAAGCAACACAUACACAGUGAAUGCAACAGAGGAGUUUGUGCAGCAGGUGGGCUGGGGCAGCUCAGCACACCAGGGCGUGAGAUGCUGCACACCACAACCAGCAGAGACAUGGUCUGGACAUCGUUCACUGGCUUGAGUGUCAAUCGUGCUGCGAACCUAUAAUUCCGCCAAGCGAUAGGAACACCUAUGGCCACACACACGCACACAGAGUCCACUCGCUUUGGGCGAUAACGGCACUCACCGCCGCAGGCGCGGCAGGGAUCUCGGUCACUGGGAGAGGGAAGAGCUCCAAGCCGCAGUAGCUGAUCAUCCUGAGGAUCUGGAGGACAAGAGUACCCACCUGCACAAACAGAUACACACUUGUGUGUUCCUUAUCCACGCGCAUGGACAAGUAGAGAGCAGCGCACCUCAAGCACACUGUAGUUGACCCAGAACAGUUUGCCGGUAACUCCCACUGUGAGACAUGCACACACAGAUGGCGGCCAGGGUGCACCGGUGACUUUUCACAGACGCACUUACCGUUGCGCACAAUAACCAGCCACACACCAUAGGCGAAGUUGCGCGCUUUGAUCCAAGCGUCCGACAAUUGCCGCAUCCGGCCGCUCGUGGCCGUGGAUGUCGUGCUGUCCUCCUUCGAAGGCUGCACCGUCUCAGCUGCCUACGCAGACAGACGAUAGAAAGGCAGAGCGAGUGUGUGUGCUUCCCGUACAAUCUACCCCGGCGUCGGUGUCAUUGGGAGGAAGACAGCGAGGCGUUCGUGACUUGUCUUUCCCAGUGGUGGUCUCCUCGGGUAACGUUCGAUCAGAGGCGUGGGGUGACGUGGCAUUAGAGGCGGUUUUCGGCGAGAGGAGGCGCUUCUCACGGGCUUUCCUGGCCGACUCACUGAUCAUCGAACCCUCUCUCAUGCGUCGGCUGAGUUUCUGCAAAGCAUCAAGCAGCCGCACGACACAACCAAGAGCUUGAGCAUAAGCUUUGUUGGCCAGAGUCUCUCUCUCUCUCUCUCUCUCUCUAUGUCUUGCAUCCGCCGGUCAUCGAUUUACAUCCAGUGUGGCCUUCCACCGCCUGACGUACGAGACACAAGAAUCACCGUUAUGCCGUUGCGCCGCCACUAUGCAUGUCAGGCUUACUUGAAGUUCCAGUACUACACCCAAGUAAGCAAACAAGGCAGGCAGGCAGGCAGGCAGACAACGACAUGAGCAGUGAAGACAGACUGACGGGCUGCGCAGUCCUUACCUCGACGCACUGUUUCCAUCUGAUGAUGUGUGAGUACAGGAUGGCGAGGGCGAGCGCGCAGAGGCAGAUCCACCCACUGCUGAACCAGAAGCGGUUCCCAGCAGCACCCAAGCGCACAUACGCACUCUGUAGUAAGGACGCAGGAGAGAGAAGACACAUGUGCCUUCCAUGAUGGAUGGAUGGAUGUGAUGGGCGAUCCGAGGGCCGACCUUCUUGUAGGCAUUCCGCUCGAUCUCCUUUUCCAGGUGGUCCGUCUCGCUCAAGUAGACCGAGCUCUCCUCGUCAUCAGGAAGCAGGUAGUCCAGGUGCUGCAGUAAUCCAUCACCGCAAAUGGCAAACGUGUGUGUCUCACCGCAGCUGCGCUGCGUACCUCACUGUAUGCAUACCUGCAGACAACACACAUAGGCGCACACGAUGGUUGCCGCAGCAUUCUUCCCUCGAUCAUUCUCUUACGUAAGCGCCAUGAUCGCCACGAGUGACAUGAGGCUCCAUGCAAACACGUUGUUGAUCGUGGCAACGUCCCACAGCCAUGAGGGACCGGUGUCCUGCCCCCCAGCUGACGGGGCCGACCCUCUGCUCAGCACCGAGGGUCGGCCAGAGGGGUGGGUAGGGGUGGAGAGUUUUCCGCCACCCGUCGCUGCAGACCCAGAUCUAUGCGUUCGCGCGACGAAGACUGAGCCCGUGCGGAUGGACGAGAGCUUCCCAUACCAAGCACAAGGGACACAGCAAAUGAUAUCAGAGACUCAAGGGGGAGAUUCUAAUGUCUUUGCUUGACAGACAGACAGACUUUGGAAAUGAUGGAAAGGGCCCGUUGGAUCUCCACUGGAUCGGCUUUGACCAUUCCCGACUCCAACGCGGAUAAAAACUCCUCACGCACACCUGCGCACACACACACAGACACACACACACAGUGUUGCAUAGGCCGCGCACUGAGCCUCUGGAGCGCCUCUUUUUACCUGUUUGCAACCGCUGUAGGCCCCCAAUCGACAGCCGUGUUUCCGGAAUGGCCACGAGCUGGUCCAUGUCGUCCUCAUCCCACGAGUGGGGCUCCGCUACGGGCGUUUCUUCCUCCAACGAUGAUUCAAACGAUGACCUCCCCAUCAUGGCCAGUGACUGCCUCCUCAACGUUCCCAGCCGAACAGCCAUCGUGCUCUUCUCGUUAGUCGACGGAUGCUGCUUCAAGUUGGCUCAGUGCUGCAACACACAGGCGACCUCAUUCAUGCUUCUCCCAUCCGUUCACGCGGCACACCUGAUGGGCGACACCUCUCGAGGGGCCGCACGUUGGCCGCUCUAUGGAGCCUGGGUCUGACUCACUCCUCCACCCGUCAACGCUCCACGCCCGUGUGUUUGCGUCAGUUUGGCGUCAGUCUCUGGCUGAGGAUGAUGACUACUAUCGUGAUGAUGUGAAAAAUGCUAUCGGCUUGUUGCUUUGUCGCUUGCCCGUUUCCGAUGAGGGGAGGGAGAGGCAAGGCGGGGCCCG